CAUUCUCUCUUUGCCCCUCGCUGUUUGUCCUCCCUUCACAGCUUUGCUCCAGUAACUUCUUGACGAGUUUUUCCUAACGGGCUUAAAAACAACAGGAUUAGAAAGAAUUAAAAAAUCCCCUUCUCUCCACAGGCCAUCUGCCUGUCCACCUGAGCCAGGGGCUGGACUCUCAGCACAGUGACACACACACACACACACAUACAACUUUCUGCAGCACAGUGAACCACACCAGGGACAGGCUCUAUUGUCAAAUGCUUUCUCAUCAUUAUUGGUAUCCUUUGGCUUUGGAGAGUUUUGAACUAUGCAAACUCUUAAGCAACUAUGUCGUCACUUGAGAGGAAAGACAUGUCUUCUUGAUCCCUUUCCGAGUCCACGGAUUUAAACCCAAUCACGGAUUUAACAUGAGUAGCGCUUCCUGGAGAAGUGUUUUCUUUUGUGCUCUCUUUAGCCUCACAGUCAUAGUUUUGAGCAGACUCUCAGAUGCCACACUGGAAGGCUCCUCUAUGGGAUACCUGGGUAAGCCUUUUUCUCCAGAGCCGGCGGCGUUUCCUCAAAUCAUCCGGGUGUCCGAUGUGAAGGCAUCUCACGACGGCCAUGCCGUCACCUCUCGAAGGAAAAGGAAUAUCUUUUAUCAGAGCGGACUCAGACUAUGUGGACAAGAGACUGCUGAGGAGGUUGUUGCAAACCAUUUGGGCUAUUUUCACCUCAGAGUGUGCCAGGAAACCGUGUGGGAGGCUUUCAAGAUCUUCUGGGAUCGACUGCCUGAGCAAGACGAGUACCAAAGCUGGAUGAGUCAGUGCCAGGAAGGCACAGUCACUGUGCAGGAUAUUGGCAGCUACUUCAGCCAGUCAGAGGAGCAUCAGGCUCUGGUCAAAGAGAGAAUGUCGCAUUCAGUUUUUAAAAGUGAGCCCACCCGGUCCUGGAAGCAUAUGUGCAGCACACCAACACCAGCGAGUUCAGAAACAGUCGAAGCCCCAGAGUUAGAGGAAAUAGAUAAAGGAAAGGACAUCGCAGACGUCAUUUCACCAGAGGUGGAAGAGAAUCCACUGUUCAAUGAAAUCACCAUUCAGCCCACGGCUGCCCCCGUUCUGGAGCAGGUGGUGGAGCUGAGCAUCCUCCUGACCGGAGAGGUCUUCAGCGACGAGCUCAGAGAUCCAGCCAGCCUCAAGUUCCAGACGCUCAGCAGAGAUCUUGCGGAAAAGAUAGAAGAUGCUCUAGAGGGGCUUCCCGGCUUUAAGAGUGUGUCUGUAAUCGACUUCAGACCACAGAAGGACUCUCAGUGGGUGGAUGGCAUAGUGGUGGAUUACGCAGUCACAGUAGCGGUGGACGGAGCCGGGGUGAGCUCUGAACAGCUGAACUACCUGACCCUGCAGUCCAACCUGGUGGAGAACUCGUAUCGAGAGGUCAAGGAGCCCCCCACAGUGGUCUACACAAUCAGCGAGAUUAAAAACAUCUUCACCGAACCGCAUCACAUCAAUGAGCUGGAGAGUGUGUCUGAGAUUCCUGAGCCUGUCAGCGCUGCAGACGAAGCGACGGGCAUUGACCUAUCAGAAGUCUUGACCCUGGAUCAUCCCACUGGCGGUGGAUCAUCACCACCAGUAGAACUCAACACCCUGGGACCAGAAGAGGACAUCGUUAUUCUGGAGGAGAGUGAACUAGCGUCACCUGAGGCAGCACUCGCCACCAGUCCACCUGAAGCUGGUAGCAUUGAGGAGGAAGAUCUGUUGCCAGAGGAUGUUGUGCUAGCUCCUGCUCCAAAGACCAUCCCGCCUAUAGAGCUCCUACCAGAGCCUCCCUCCCARGAGACGCCAAAGAGCUCCACGUUGCCUGAGCCGCCAAUAGAAACAGAGGCUUCUGGGUCAGGCCGAGAAAACCUGGACAGUUUAAUUGAGCCAUCCAUUGAAGAAGAAGAAGACCAAAUAUCUCUUGUAGAGACUGAAGAUGUCAAAUCAGAACCUGAACAAGAAACAGUUGAUGAGGUUGAGAUUUUGGAAAAACCUGAAGUCUCUACAGUUUUAACUAAGACCACAAUAGAACAAGGCCAGCCAGCUCUUUUACCCCCAACAGAGACUGUGAAUAUCCCAACUGAGGUGUCGGAGCCUGAUGUAGCCAAAACCACGCUGCACUCUGAUGUUGAUGAACCUGUGGUUCAGGCACCAGAGGACUCUAGCAAGUUUGACAAAGACCCUGACCAGACUGUAGGGAUCAAUGUGAUUUUUACCUAUCCUGAGGAACCUGCAUUUGAUGAAAAAGGCUUUGACGAGACAAUUGAGAGUGAUGGAAGUGAAGUGAAAGAGGGAUCUUUGUCUGAAACCAAGGAUAUAGAGGAGGAGGCACCUCUGACCCCAGAGAUCUUAGCAGGAGAUCUUGUGGAGGAUGAGAUUUUGCUCGUGAACAGAGACAAUUCGAAGUUACCCGGGACAGACUUCCCACGCCAUCCACUGCCAACUGCCCUGUCUCCAGAGGAGGAAUCCCCUUUUACAGUCUUCUCAUCCAUUGUCCCAGAUUUUGAUGCCCUACCUGACAAAGCCAUCACUUCACUGACCACUCAGGAGGACCUGGAUGAUGCUGCCCCUGAAGAUCACGGAUAUGACCUGAUUCCUUAUGAUUACGGCUUGACAAACCAGACAGAGGAAGGCAGCACUGGAUCCCCAUUCAGUGUGGCCCAAGGCACAGACCAAGUCAGCAUUGCCAUGCCUAUAAACCCGAGGCGAGCUCUGAUAGUCUUCUUCAGCCUGAGAGUGACCAACAUGGUAUUUUCUGAAGAUCUCUUUAACAAGAGCUCCCCAGAGUACAAGGCUUUGGAGCAGCGCUUCCUAGAACUGCUUGUGCCCUAUCUUCAGUCCAACCUGAGCCACUUUGAGAAUCUAGAGAUCUUGAACUUCAGGAAUGGGAGCAUCGUGGUCAACAGUCGGAUGAAGUUUGGGAGGCCUGUGGCCCGGGGCGUCACCACCACCGUGUAUCUAAUCCUGGAGGACUUCUGUAACACUGCGUACCAGACCAUGAACCUAGCCAUUGAUAAAUACUCUCUGGAUGUGGAGUCAGGUGACCAAGCCGACCCCUGCAAGUUCCAGGCGUGCAACGAGUACGCAGAAUGUAAAGUGAACAAGUGGUCAGGGGAAGCGGAGUGCGUCUGUAACGCGGGCUACUUCAGUGUCGACGGCCUUCCGUGUCAAAGCAUCUGUGAGCUGCAGACAGACUUUUGCCUCAAUGACGGCAAGUGUGACAUCAUCCCUGGCCAGGGAGCCAUCUGCAGGUGUCGUGUUGGAGAGAACUGGUGGUACAGAGGUGAACACUGUGAGGAGUAUGUGUCCGAGCCUCUGGUGGUUGGCAUCGCCAUAGCCUCUGUUGCUGGUUUCCUGUUUGUGGCGUCCGGAGUGCUGUUCUUCCUGGCCAGGACACUUCGGGAUCAGUACGACAAGGAAGAGUCGGAGGAUCCCGUACGGCGGGUGGAAAGUCUUCCGUCAUUGGAAAGGGCAACCAAAUACAACCCCAUGUAUGAAAGUGAAGCCACUACAGGCUACAGCCACUACUACCGUCGUUAUCCCGAAGCGCCUAUGUACAGCAGUGCCAGCGCCGAGGCAUCCACCGAUUUUAGCAGCGAGGAGAUACGGCACAUCUAUGAAAACAGCGAGCUGACCAAAGAGGAAAUCCAAGACAGGAUACGCAUCAUUGAACUCUACGCUAAGGACCGGCAGUUUGCAGACUUUGUGCGGCAGCAUCAAGCAGUUCUGGAUACCCAGAGGGAAAGCUCCUCUAUGCACUCGUAGAACUGUAAUGAACAAGAAACUAAACACGCUUCCUGAUCAACAACGAAGCUUCCUGUCAAGACGUCUCUUCGAUCGCCAUGUUCCUCGUAGUACGGACUGUGUUUAGAUUAUUUUCAGCACUUUUGUAACAGAAACAGUAAGUCUGCAUCUGUCGCUCUUUGCGUGGGUGGGUGUUGACCAUUCAUUCAUAAACCUCUGUGCCUUCUGACUGGGUGAGUCUCCUGUGACGCUACGGCCUGUUUCUGCUCAUGUUUUUGCUGCUUAACUAUCAAACCUUUGGGGAAAACCGGGCCGCAUCCUGUUACUUGAACAGAAACGCAAAUACCAAACCGACGAGUAACUAUUGUUUUGUGGGAUAAGUGUUUAUUUGCAUUAUCUUCUAUCUGCCUUCUCUUAAAGGGGAAGAACAUAUAUUGUGAUAUGUUUGUAUAGCUAAACUGACAUUUGUCCGUCUGAGAUAUGUCAUUUUUUGAUCUUUGUCAUGCUCAGAUUUAUUUCUUAGCUCUGUCGAAGAGCCAUCAAAACCUAGGUAAUUUUUAGUUGUUGGUGCUAUUCUAAUUUUAAAAACUUCUUGAGAUGUGUAAUGUCAUCGUUGAGUCAUUUACAGUUUGAAGCCAGCACCAGUGGAUGGACUCUGUUGUAGAAUACAAGUACAAGUCAAUAUUUUGGGAAUGCAGAAAAGGCCAAAUUAUAGUUUGCCUCUGUGUUCACUGAUGUUUGAAGCAGUCAGCGUUAAAGAUAUGCCGAACAAAGAUCCUUCAAUGGAAUCAUUUAAAUCAAAGCACAUGCAUGUGCUUAAAUGGCCCAGUCAAAGCCCAGAAAGAGCUUUCAAUUUAGUGUCCAUGGAUGUUCUCCAUCUGUAAAUCUGCCAAAACUUCUGGGACAUUUUCCAAUUAAUUGACUCAGUGAUGCUAAUUACUUACUCACAACAAACUUUUCAGAUUUUUGUUUGUAAAAAUUUCUCUUAAGCAUUUAGUGUCUUCUCUAUACUUCACAGUUUUUCUCCACUUUGUGUUGGAUAUCCGUCUCUAAUUUCUCUCUGAAAUACCCUGAUGUUUGUAAUUGUAGUGUGAAAAAGUUCAAAAGGUAUGAAUAUCUUUGCAAAGCACUUUAGUCUUGACUGAUUGCCUCUUUCUUGGAAAAUAUAAAGCAGCAAAAAGCUGCAGUGUUCUGAAGUGUAAAAGUGACAGUCUACUGUCUCAGUUUUUCACCCCUCCAGUUGAUUUGUUUGCCUUUUUUCAUGGAUUUUUGUAGGUAAUAAUAAACUUUACCUGAGUGAAGUUGGUCCCACCUUCACCUUCUUCAAAUUAAACAAAAUUGGUACCAAACGUUUGUGCUGGUUUGUUCUCAUUUUAAAGCUGCUAAUAAAUGUUUCCAGAGGUCAAUGAAGGUCAGCCAGACAGUUUCAAAAUCAAAUGAAAUCUGGUGUCAAUCAACAGUGCUAAAUUUGUGCUGUAGAAUAAAAUGUUUCUUGUCGUCCUCCAAGAUCAACCUACCCUCCUCUCUACAUUAAAAAAAUCAAACAAAACUGGUAUAAAUUAGUUUUGUUAUGAUUGUGCUGGCUUGUGUUGUUAGCAUCUUCUUAGCRCAGUUGUUUGACACCAAACCUGCAUUUGAUCGCCUCUGGAAACAUUUAUUAGAAUCUUUAGCAGCACAAACCACAAUUUGUGCUGCACAAACCUUUGACACCAAUUUUGCUUGAUUUGAAGAAGGUGUGUGUGUGUGUGGGGGGGGGGCUUCACUCAGGUAUAAACAUUUGGUUCUCCAGACGCCUAACAAGGCAGAUAAAAUGUGUUUAGAUGGAACUCAUGAAGGCGUUCGGCCCCGGGAUUUAAAUCCGGCUUUCAGUUUCACAUUAAGACUAUCGAGAGUCCCGGAAAAGCAGAAAGCGGAGCAUGACGAACAACAGACGCUCUCAGUAAAGGCAUACAUAGAAUCUUCUGUACUGCUGUCUGUCUUUUCAAUCUGAAACUGUCUGGGUGACCAAUUCCAGUGUUUCCUAUGGCAUUCAUACACUUUCCUCUGGAUUUGUUAUCCUUGACCCCGCCCGUUCACGGUGUGGCCCUUCACAUCUGCACCUGGUUAUGUUCUGCUUGUCUACGCUGUCGGAAAGCACGAGCGUCUGCUGUCUCCGGAGGUCACAGCUCCACACAUAGAUCAAGCUUCAGAUUUUUGCUAGGAAUAAAUUGUUCUGUUAGUCAUUUACCCGAGUGAAAAAAAAUAAAUAACAUUUUCGGAGCAGACCCUUGUGUCACUCUCAUGCCUUUUGCAAUCUGUCUAUUCAAGUUUUAUUGUCUUGUUUUUGUGYGUGUAUCGAGUUAUUAUCACUGUCCUUCAGCAUCUGCCACCUGGUUAAAUGGCCAGAAAUCAAACACACAGUGUUCAUUCAUGUAAAUAACUCUGCAAAUGUCAUCAGUCACUGCAACAUAGGGUGUUAAUCUUGCAUGUCUCCUGUGUCUCUUUGUUUUAUAUUGAUGACUGUAAUCAGUGCUAUCAUCUUGUGCAGCUGUAACGGGUAAAAAAAAUAAAAUAAAUAAAUUAAACGCUUUAUAUAAACUGA